AUGUCAUUUUUCGUCAUGUUUCCCGCAUUUAUCACUGUUGUGGCAGGUUUUGAAUGUCCAGGAGGUCGACUAACACCACAGCAACGUAUAGACAUCGUUAAUCAGCACAAUGAAUUUCGUUCAUUACUGAUUCAUGGAAAACUUAAAAAUAAAGAUAACAUAUUCAUGCCACGAGGCAAAAAUAUGUUACAAAUGACAUGGAGUUGUCAGCUAGAAAAUUCUGCGCAAACAUGGGCAGAUCAGUGCACCUUUGGGCACUCUCCGAGAAAUCAAAGACAAGGAACCGGUGAAAAUCUCUACGCUUACUGGUCAUCAGUAAGCGUUGAAAAGCUUAAAAAUACCGCUGGUACGAAUGCUGGGAAAAGCUGGUGGUCAGAACUUUCACAACUGUACAGGAACAACCCUUCCAACAAUUUGUCGCCGGAAGUUUCUAGGCAAAGUGCUUUGCAUUUCACACAGAUGGCCUGGGGUAAAACGCAUAAAAUUGGUUGUGGUAUUGUCACAAAUUGCGAUGGUGGUCACACACUUAUAGUUGUUUGCCAUUAUUCACCCGCUGGAAAUGUACUGACAGAGUUGAUAUAUGAGCUUGGUCAACCAUGUAGGACGGACAGCGAUUGCAAUACCAAGAAGUGUUCAAAAGAAUCUGGAUUGUGCAGAAAGUGA